AGUCUCGCCAAGAUCACAAACCACGGACCACGCGGAGGCGGAGGAGUGGGGACAGAGACACAGAGAGAGACACAGACGCCCCUUUGGGGCACCGUCUUACUUUCCAGAGCGUCUCAUAACCUGGGGACUCCGGCCAAAGAACAUCGCAGGCCUCACGACGAUCAGCUCGUCGAUGACCGCUGAAAAGCCUCUCAAUUCCGUCAUCGCGAUCGCAAACCCGAUGCCAGGCGCCGACCACUCGGUCGUCGCGGGUGUCAACUGCCCGCGGGGCAACACUCGACUCUGCCAGCCACCGCCGCCGCCGGGCGGAGGGGCCGAGUUUGCCUCCCGAGCGGGGGGCUCGGGGACGGCCCGGCAGAAGCAGAAGCGGUGCCGGACGACGUUCACGAGCCACCAGCUGACGGAGCUUGAGGUUGUCUUCCGGAGGUCGCACUACCCGGACGUGUUCCUCAGGGACGAACUCGCAAAGAGCCUGGAGCUCACAGAGUCCCGGGUACAGGUCUGAACCGCACGACCACCGCUAACUAGCCCCGCUAACUAACACCACUAACUACCACCGCUAACUAGCACCGCUAACUCACACCGCUAACUAACACCACCCCGCUAACUAGCACCGCUAAAUAACACCACCCCGCUAACUAGCACCGCUAACUAGCACCGCUAACUAACACCACCCCGCACACUAGCACCGCUAACUUUCACCGCUAACUAACACCACCCCGCUAACUAGCACCACUAACUAACACCACACCGUUAACUAGCACCGCUAACUAACACCAUCCCGCUAACUAACACCACCCCGCUAACUAGCACCGCUAACUAACACCACCCCGCUAACUAGCACCGCUAACUAACACCACACCGCUAACUAGCACCACUAACUAACACCACCCCGCUAACUAACACCACCCCGCUAACUAGCACCGCUAACUAACACCACCCCGCUAACUGCCACAGCAACUAUCGCUGUUACUAACUACCACUGUUAAUUACCACCACCAGCUACCGCAACCAUCAUCGCUACUGGCUACCACUAUUACUAACUACCACUCCUGCUACUACUAACUAGCGGUAGUUACCACAACUUCCUGCUAUUGAUAUCACCACCACCACUUCCCCGAUACUAUUCCUUAACUAGCAAUACCAACGCUCCUCGUGUGCAAUGUUGUGGUGCUGAUAUUGAUGAGGAUGAUAUCAAUCAUGAGGAUAUUGACACAAAGCUUCGUAUUGGUAAUGACGAUCAGAAUCCUUGUAUUGAUGACAUUGGUUGGCAUUAAUGGCGUGACAAUGAUUUAUCAUUGAUUAAGAUAUUGAUCAUGAUGGCCCAUGAUAUAGCUGUAAUGGUGGUGAUGAUGAUCGAUGAUAUUGAUUAUUGAUGAUUAUAUUGGUCGUGAUAAUCUACAUCGAUGAUGGUCCACGGUACUCACAUUGAUAAUGCUGAUCUUGAUGCAUUAUGCCUAUUAUUGAUCAUAUUGGAAAUGAUGAUGUAUGAUCGUAAUCAUAGUAUUCAUGAUGGUGAUCGAUGAUUUUAUUGAUGGUCAAUGGUCAUGUCGACGUAUGGUUAUAUUGAUCAUUGUGUUGAUAGUACUGAUGAUCGUAAUUAUGAUCUAUGAAAAUAUUGAUAUCGAUGAUAUAUUGAUGAUCGAUAAUGAUCUAUGAUUUGUGAUAUAGAUGAUCUAUGAUCAUAUUGCAACUGCUAUGUAUGACCAUAUUGAUGAUAUCGAUGAUAUUGAUGAUAGUCAUAUAGAUGAUCUAUGAUAAUAUUGAUAUCGA